AUAACAUACUUAUUUUCAGAGAUGUUCUGCACCAAAAUCAAUAUGCAUGUCAAGUUCUCCUCUCUCUCUCUCUCUCUCUCUCAAAUGACUACAAAAACCAUGCAAAAAAAGUAUACCAACCAUCAAUAUUUUCUUGGUUUUUUAUUUUACCCCAAAACCCUUGUGAAGAUGGAGGGUGGUAGUGAGAGCGCGGUGGUUGACGUGUCAACUUCCGGCAGAGCUACUCCGGCGAGUUCACGGUGGAAUCCGACGAAGGAACAGAUAACUCUUUUGGAGAACCUGUAUAAGCAAGGUAUUAGGACUCCCACUGCAGAGCAGAUACAACAGAUCACUGGUAGACUCAAGAGCUUUGGUCACAUAGAAGGCAAGAAUGUGUUUUAUUGGUUUCAAAAUCACAAGGCUAGGCAGAGACAGAAACAGAAGCAAGAGAGCUUGGCUUAUUUCAAUCGCUAUCUCCACAAGGCUUCCAAUGUUUUUCCUCCUCCUUGCCCUAAUGGUUGUUUGAAAACUUCUGGUGGCGGUGUGGGCAUUGAAUCUGCACCGUUGAGUUACAAUACCACUGAUCACGAUGGUUUGAUCACCGGUGAUAAUAACUCUAACUCCAAACAAGAAACCUUGCCUCUGUUUCCACUGGAGCCUACCGGCAUUUUGCAAGCAAGAACAACAAGCUCUUCUCUAGCUUCGACCUCUGCUGAGAAUUCCACUGCUACUCCUUCGAGCUCCUCGGACACUACAGGCAUUGAAGAAGGUGGUUUUGGUGAUCAACCUUUCAUUGAUUUCUUUUCUGGAAAUAAUGGAAAUUAUGAGAGUGAUUGAAUUGAAUGCUAAUUGUUAAGAUGGUUUUUUUGCACUAACCCAUGCACUAAUUGGUUAUGUAAGAGAGGAUUACUACUAAUUGGGUUGUUGUAAGUGAUUUUGGGGUGUGGAGUUUUGGGGGUGUGCUGAGGAGGGUUGUUUCUCUUUUGUU